GUUAACAAGAUGGUAGUGACGCAGAGGGAGACUAGAGACGUUUUCACAAUGGACUUGUUGAAUGAUGCAAAGGGAGGGGGAGCAGGAGUUGCUGGGGUAACACCAGGACAUUUGUUUGACUUUUUGGGAUAAGAAUGAUGGACUUCAUCCAGGCAAUGUGAGUGGAGAGAACAGUAGGUUUGGGAAAGUCAGAUUUGUCUACUCGUGUAGGAUGAAGCAUUCCUGACACCUUGGAAGGAAGGGACAGUGUUUAGACAUGGUGCGUGAGGACCAUGGAGACGCUGUUGAUGCCCUCACGCAGAGGAGAUGAAGAACAGGGUCAGAACCAGCAGCAGGAGCUACAGAGCCAGGGACCUGCAGAAACAGACCAGCCCUACCAGCAGGCACAUUGGCCAGCUUGCCAACACUCUGAGCAAUGACAUCCUCAAUGUUUUCCCCAUUCAGCUCACAGAUGACCUUGCUGCUUUAACUGACUUCAAGUAUAGAAAAGGGAAAGCCGCUCAUUUGGGUGUGUGAACAAACGUUCAUCUCUGAACCCACAUCGGAUAACCAAAAUUAAAGAACAGUGGGUGACAACAAAGUUAAGAGCUUACCAGCUGGAAUCUUACAUGAUACCCAAGGAAAUAGCCGACAUCUUCAAUGCUCCCAGUGAUGAUGAAGAGUUUGUGGGUUUCCAGGAUGACGUUCCCAUGGAAAACCUAUCAGAGAGCUGUGGUAGUCUGGACUCGCUGGAGUUGGAGAAACAGGAGAACGUGUGCUUCCAUUCCAAAUACUUCACAGAAGAACUUAGAAGGAUUUUCAAAGAGGACACGGACUCAGAAACUGAAGAUUUUGAAGGAUUUACGGAGAGUGAGCUGAACGUGAACAGUAACCCAGAGCUCAUAGAGUCGGAGCUGAGCGACAAUGACAAACCAUAUCCUGUGAUGAGUGACGAGGAAGAAGAUGACGAAGAGGAGCCUGCACCUAGAAGACGCAGGUCCAAGAGAAGCAGUUUUGGUCUUCGGGUAGCCUUUCAGUUCCCCACCAAAAAGUUGGCAAAAACACCAGAUAGAAAUAGCUCACACUUGCUGGACAGUAAGACUGAUCUCGGAAGAGACAAGAGCUCCAGACAGCCCAAGGAGAAGGAAGAAUCUGCUUCUGACGCUGAGGAUGAGUCCAGGGCUGAGAGCCAGGAGAAUUCGGAUGCUCUGCUGAAAAGGGCCAUGAACAUCAAAGAGAACAAGGCCAUGCUCGCUCAGUUGUUGGCGGAAUUGAAUUCGGUUCCAGAUUUCUUCCCUGUGCGGACACCACCUUCAGCUUCUAGGAGGAGAACACCACGACGGGCCUUCUCAGAGGGACAGAUCACACGGCGCAUGAACCCAACCCGGAGUGCACGACCCCCAGAGAAGUUUGCUCUGGAUAACUUCACCUUCUCAGCCACCAAGCUUACUGAAGAGCUUUACAGUUUCAGAAGAAGAAAGACAAUCAGUGGGGGAAAAUGCCAGAGGUAUAGACGUCACCGGAUAUCUUCUUUCCGCUCCGUGAAAGACAUCACUGACGGAGACUUGGAAAACAUUGCCAUAACUGUGCGUGAUAAAGUCUAUGAUAAAGUGCUUGGUAACACGUGCCAUCAGUGCCGGCAGAAGACCAUCGAUACCAAGACGGUCUGUCGGAACCAGGGCUGUGGCGGUGUGCGGGGACAGUUCUGUGGGCCGUGCCUUCGGAAUCGAUAUGGAGAGGAUGUGCGGACAGCGUUGCUGGAUCCGAAGUGGACAUGUCCUCCCUGCCGUGGGAUCUGCAAUUGCAGUUACUGCCGGAGGCGAGACGGCCGCUGUGCCACCGGGAUUCUCAUUCACCUGGCCAAGUUCUAUGGUUAUGAUAAUGUCAAGGAGUACCUGGAGAGCUUGCAGAAGCAGCUGUAGAAGACAGUAGAGAACGGGGAUCGCUCGAACUUACCAGGCCGAGUCCCACAAGACUGAUCUGCUCUUUGUGCCAGCCUUAUACGCUUGUUUUCUAGAAUUUACUGGUUCUACUCCUAUUGUUUUUUUUAAAUGUUUAUAUGCUUAAAAAGAUUUCUCAGGAAAAAUAGUAAAGCGGAGAGAUCUAUAUACGUAACUGCACAGACCUGUAUUGUUACAAGUGUCUGCUGAAGAUUUUAAAGCACAGUUUGAAUGAGGCAGAGCUAAAGCUCAGGUAAGUUAUAAAAAAAACCUUGUCUAACAGCUCUUGCCUUUGGUCAGCUCCCUCCCUACAGAGGCUGUUGCUUUGCCUCCCGAGUGACCAUAGCUCAAAUCUGAUAGUUUAUCCUGCUCUGGAUAUUGAAUUCUGGGUCAUUAGAAAUCUGUAUUGAAGAAUGUUACUCUAGGCCGGGCGGUGGUGGCGCACGCCUUUAAUCCCAGCACUUGGGAGGCAGAGGCAGGCGGAUUUCUGAGUUCGAGGCCAGCCUGGUCUACAGAGUGAGUUCCAGGACAGCCAGGGCUAUACAGAGAAACCCUGUCUCGAAAAUCCAAAAAAAAAAAAAUUUGAAAGAAUGUUACUCUAAACUACCAAGUGCAAUUAACCACACACUGUGAGUAAGGUGUCCUCUUUUAUUAAGAGACAACAGAAACAGACACUGGAGGCCUCAGUGUGCUUGCCUCUUCCUUCAGGACCUGCCUGGAGCCUGCUGCUUCUAUGUUUUUUUAAAAAAUUGUUUUAGAGAUUUUGCUUUUUUAUAGAACCCUCACCGAGUUCUUCCCGAGACUUACGGAUACGAGAUAAGCCGUGGUGUUUUAAAUGGGAGUUAGAGGAAGCUAAAAUUGAUAAGUACUCAUUCCUUGUAGACAUUUAGUGUUUGGUCCUUGUGUACUGAUUAUUCUCCCUCCUCAAAGAAUAAUUCUCUAACAGAAGAAUGUAUACUCCUGUUACUAAAACAUAGUCACUGUGUCUGGCUGAAGCCAGAGGAACGAGUUGUAGUACUAAGGUUGUUUAUGCUUCUAGCAGUAGAGCCACGCCUGCCAGCACCCACUUAGCUAUCCUGUCUUUACUCCUUAGCCUGAAUGUCCACACGUAGGUGGGGCCUCUUGCUUUGGUUUUGUAAACAGGGCACUCAUAGGCAUGCUUAAUUUCUUGUCUGUCCACUGGUAUGGCUUUGGCAAAGAUGACUGGCAUCGUGGACGUUAACUCCUUAAGGCGGGCAUCAACAAGGGCUCCUGACUGGAUGUCCCACCUGGCACCUGUGGCAGAGACAAAAGAUGUGUAACUAGCAUGCUGGUACUGAAUCUCUAACUGUUCCAUGCAAUAAAUGUUCCACUUUUACAACAUU